CUCCCCCAGAUUUCACAGCUGUACAGAUUCGACACUUUAAAAGAGCCCGCCUACCGCCCCUACAAGGCACGAAUAUUGUACCCCGCCACCGAACUUCAUUCCCGGGUUUUUGCAAGAGUAGCAAGACCAUACAGAAGGAGAUCAAGAUAUCGUGCCCAAUCGUGCCGGUUCCAUCUCACUUUACCAGUGAUAUUUUGUGGUUCAUAACUGAUGCUUUCUCUGUGAAUCUGGUUGUAAAUUUGAUCCAGGGCAUGUCUAAAAUCGAAAUGGAUGUGAAUGACAUGGUUGAGCCUUGCAGACAGAAAGGACAGAUCCAGGUUAUCUUUGGACCCAUGUUUUCGGGGAAGACAACGGAGCUAAUUCGCAGAAUGAAGAGAUACCAAGUUGCCAACAAGAGGUGCCUCGUGUUCAAGUAUUCCGGGGACACCCGCUAUGACAAUGUCAGUCUAUCAACGCAUGACCAACAAAAGCUUCCUGCCAUCUCUGCAUCCGAUCUCAUAGAGUACUUUGACAUUGCCUUGAAAUAUGAUGUGGUUGGCAUUGAUGAGGGCCAAUUUUUUGCUGAUACAGUCGACUUUUGUGAAAAACUUGCGGACAGUGGGAAAAUGGUGGUCGUGGCUGCGUUGGACGGAACAUACCAAAGAAAGGGAUUUGGCAACAUUUUGCAACUGGUCCCCCUUGCUGAGAGUGUUGAGAAACUGAAUGCUGUUUGCAUGAUGUGCUUUGAGAGCGCUUCAUAUACAAAGCGAAUCGGAAAAGAGCAGGAAGUGGAGGUCAUUGGAGGGGCAGACAAGUACAUGGCUGUGUGCCGAAGUUGCUACCACAAAAGCCCAACCAAAGCCACCAAGAGGCAAGGACUUGAACCAUUCAAUGAUUUGACAAACGUGUGCAACAACCAAAUGGAGAUGUCUUGACUAGGCAAGAAUGGAUCACUAUAUUUCAUUUAAAAUAACCUGUAAGUGAUUGUCAUUUUAAUUUUCUUUUAAGAUUCCCUAGGAUAGGUAAUUUCUAUGUCAAAACCCCUCAGAUCUUAUCCGUGUUGUGUCAGACUUUUAAAAUAAAAUAAUCACUUCAUUUAA